GAGAAGUGUGUAGAGAGAGAGAGAGAGAGAGAGAGAGAGAGAGAGAGAGAGAGGAAACUCCCUAGCUGUUGUUCAUCUGUUUCUGAUCCGAAGGAUCCUCUAGAUCUGAUGCCUUUUCUGUUUCAUUGACACGGAAACGGUGUCGAAGUAAUUGCGAGUUUAAUUGUGCAAACAGUGAAGGGGGCGUUGGAGAGGUUUAUUUGGGCAAAUUGAAGGAACAGAGACUGGUGUUACUUGAAUGAAGCACACUUGAAGAGAGGUUGGCCUUUGCUGAAAUGAGGGAUGUUAUCAAAGUUAAUGAAUUUCCUGAGGUCAUGUUGGAGACCCUAUUCAGCUCAUUCGGGUUCAGAUGCCACGGGACGACAAGACGGGCUUCUCUGGUACAAAGAUAUUGGUCAGCAUCUGGCUGGUGAUUUCUCCAUGGCCGUGGUUCAGGCUAACAAUCUGCUGGAAGAUCAGAGCCAGAUCGAAUCCGGUCCUUUGAGUUUCCUUGAUGCUGGCCCUUACGGUACUUUUGUCGGAGUAUAUGAUGGCCAUGGAGGGCCCGAGACUUCGCGUUACAUCAAUGAUCAUCUUUUCCGGCAUCUAAAGAGGUUUGCGACAGAGCAAAAAUCCAUGUCAGCGGAUGUAAUAAAGAAAGCAUAUCAAGCAACAGAAGAAGGGUUUUUGUCUGUAGUGACGAAGCAGUGGCCAAUGAAGCCCCAGAUUGCCGCCGUUGGGUCUUGCUGUCUUGCCGGUGUUAUGUGCAAUGGAACCUUAUAUGUUGCCAAUGUAGGAGAUUCCCGUGCUGUGCUCGGGAGGCUUAUGAAGGCUACCGGAGAGACUAUUGCCAUCCAGCUUUCGUCUGAACAUAACGUGGCCAUAGAGUCUGUAAGGCAGGAGAUGCAUUCUUUGCAUCCCGAUGACUCACAGAUUGUGGUUCUAAAGCAUAACGUGUGGCGUGUGAAGGGCCUAAUACAGGUUUCAAGAUCUAUCGGUGAUGUGUAUCUAAAAAAGGCUGAGUUUAACAGGGAGCCACUGUAUGCAAAGUUUCGCCUCCGGGAGCCAUUUAAGAGACCGAUAUUGAGCUCUGAGCCGUCUAUCUCUGUUCAUGAACUCCAGCCUCAUGAUCAGUUUGUUAUAUUUGCUUCAGAUGGCCUCUGGGAGCACCUCAGCAAUCAAGAAGCUGUGGAUAUCGUUCAGAAUCAUCCUCGUUCCGGUGUCGCUCAGAGGCUCGUGAAGACGGCAUUACACGACGCAGCAAAGAAGAGGGAGAUGAGAUACUCGGAUCUAAAGAAGAUAGAGAGAGGCGUUCGUCGCCAUUUCCAUGACGAUAUAACGGUGGUGGUUGUGUUCUUGGACUCAAAUCUCGUGAGCUCGGCGAAAGGAGGCUCUUCUUCUUCUCUGUCAUUGAGAGGAGGAGGCGUCCAUAUACCUUCAAGAACCCUAGCCCCCACAGAGGCCAGCAUUGUCUGAUAAUGAUAAUAAAAGCCAAAUCCAGAAUCUGGGUUUUUGUCGUUGGGUACAGUUUGGUUUAUAUGUGACAGAAAUGUAUCAUCUUUUACGUUUAUAGCCAAUGGGUAGAGAUAGCUGUAGAGAUACACUGCAUUUCCUGGAGUUCGAACUGACCUGGUAAAGAUGAUCUGUUUAUGUUCUAUUACAUGCCUAAGUAGCUCUCUUGUGAA